GAAUUCCUCUCAUCACCGUGUCAGUCAUGUAUCGCAGAACAAGAAUAAACCCUGCAUGCCAGGCUCAGCUCCAUAAAGAGGUAACCUCAUCCAAGCGGUGAGCAGACCUCAGUUCCUCUUUUUCGUUUCUCUGGGAACCCUAGAGCCAGAAGGGACCUAUAUGUCUAUCGACGUUUCUCUCUGUUAAACGAUCGAGCGCGGUGGAGGAGGAGAAGAGAUGGAGGGAGAAGGGGGAGGAGGGGAGGGAUGGUGGUGGUGGGCCGCGGCGAGCUCCGCCCAGCUGACGGCGGGGAUCGCCUGGUACCGGCGAGGGUGCGGGAAGAGCGGCGCCAUGAUGCCAUUCAAGGCCUUUGCCAUCGCUACCGUCUUCGUUAGCGGCGGCGCCACCGCCGCCGCCGGCGCCCUCCACGCCACCGGCAUUCGUACGGUGGAUGACAUGAAGAAGGUUGGUUCAGGCAUACGGAGAUGGAUGGGAGCUCCUCCAAACGGGACCAAGUGAUACGGUCCUCCGGGCAUUGUUUUGCUUGGGGAAUGCACCCAUUUGAUUGGAUCAAUUAAUGAGGAAUCAUUCACUUGCCAAUUUAUUGUUAUACUGACAAAGGGCAUGUUGGCAUGCCUGUUGAGAUCAAGCAUUUUGAGCUGAUAUUCUGGAAGUAGUGUUGAAUUACGCUGUUGAGAAUUGUAGUUAAGAGGACAUUUGAUAUGGUUAGACACUUCAAUAAGAUUGAACUAAAUUUUAAAAGAUGUAAGUCAUAAUAUGAUAUAAGUUAUCAAGAUAAGACAUGUUUAUCACCAUUAUCAUCUCGUUACCACCAUUACCUAUUACAACACUCAUGGUGCUGAAGCACCAAGGCUUACGAUGCCAACUGUCAUAAGAUUACUAUAGUAAUCAAGAUAUGGAUUCGAUAAUUAUGAUAACACUAAUGUUUUUCCUUAAUUCGGUUUCGACAAUUUGGAGAGAGCUUGGUCAAGUUAAUGUAUCAUGGUAAGGAUCAUGGUUUGAAAUAUUUAUCCUAAGAAAGUAGUGAUCUUGAGUUAUAUUGAGACGGAGACUCUGCAUACUAUGGUGAUAGUGAUGUUGUAACUGACCUAAAGCCAUUAAUCGACUAGUUGUGGGAAGCAUUCUUCAUACCCAAAAAAAAA